CCAAGUAAUUGCAUAACAGUAGCUGCCUGUUUUAUAUUGUGCAACACUAGCUGUGUAGUUACUGUAUCGACAGUAGCCUACCAAUAAUUAAAGCUGUCACCGCCCCCACACUCCAUUCUAGAAACCGUCAUGAAACUGGCAAUGUCUAGCAGACGGUGCAUGUUUGACUAAGCAGUCUCCGCUAAACAGUUUAUAUUAUUAAUUCAUUAACCGGGAGACCCCGCAGGCAAACACCAAUAUGGCGUUAAUCCCCGAAGACGUCUCAGUUGCGACAGUGACAGGUGGCAGCCGUGUGGUAUCGCUGGAGUCUGGCAGCACCAAGUCUUUCACGGCAGAGAAGGACGUGAUCGAAAUCCUGCUUCUCCAGAGCCUGCGGGCGAAGGAAUUCGCUUAUUGUCCCUACAGUAAAUUCCGUGUCGGCGCUGCUCUGAUGACGAAAGAGGGGAACGUUUUCGUAGGAUGCAAUGUUGAAAACGCUUGUUACAACUUGGGAGUCUGUGCUGAAAGGACAGCAAUUCAAAAAGCCGUUUCAGAAGGGCACAUGAACUUCAGAGCCAUCGCCAUUGCAAGUGAUUUAGAAGACCAGUUUAUCUCUCCUUGUGGAGCUUGCAGACAAGUCAUGAGAGAGUUUGGGACUGAAUGGGAUGUUUUCCUCUCUAGACCCGAUGGGUCCUAUUUGAAAAUGACCGUGGAUGAACUCUUACCCAUGUCUUUUGGACCUGAAGACCUGAGGAAGAAGAAAGUGUUCAGUGUUCACAAUGGGUACUAACACCAAGUCAUUGCAGCCCUGUAUUGUUCUCUAUAUUUUCUAUCAUGUUCACAAUAUUGAAGUAUUGCCAAUAAUUUAAAUAUAUGGGAGAAAAAAGAUGAUACCUUGGUAAUAACAACAGUAGAACACAUUAUUGGAUUAUGGCAGUUUUUGUAUGUUUUCGUUUGAAAUAUGUCCAGUUCCACCAAUGAUAGUAUGAAGCUAUUUAGCAUUGUAUUUUCCAGUUCAGUACAUUUUAAGUUAAAGAAAAAUAUAUAUUUUGUGAAAAAAUA